AUGCCUCAAGUCACAUCAGAUCUACCAGGAGACGAUGUGGAUGUACGCGAACAUAACCUUCCAUCUCGAUAUGCGCUGGCGGAUCCAGCUUUUGACAAAAGAGGAAGGAUUGAUCUUCUAUGUGGCGUUGAACUGGCAAACGAGCUCACCACUGGUAAACGGAUACGAGAAGGAUCUCUCACCUUGGAUGAAUCAAUUUUUGGCUGGAUUGUGAGUGGAUCAGUACAGUUACUAAGCAAGUGCAAUGCUGAUAGAGUUUUGCAAACAAACUUCGUCCGUCAGGAGUCUGAUCUGGACAUCAGUCGCUUUUGGACAGUUGAGGACUUACCUUUGAACCGAUGCCCUCGAUCGAAGGAUGAAGAAUUUGUUGAGGAUCAUUUCGACAAAACAACCAUAAUUAAGCCAGAUGGUCGCUACUCUGUUAGUUUGCCUUUCAAGACAACCGUUGGAACCCUCGGCGAAUGCAAAGCCAAUGCACUCAAACGAUUCUUCAGUCUGGAACGCAAGCUUAAGCAGGAUGUGGCUUUGUACACUCAGUACCGAGACUUCAUCAAAGAGUUCCGAGACAUGGGUCACCUAGAAGUCAUACCACCAGAUGAGCUCGCAAUGUCAGAGAAAAGAUGCUACUACCUUCCCCACCACUGCGUUCUAAAGGAUAGUACAACUACAAAGCUACGAGUUGUCUUUGACGCUAGUGCUCUUACUAGUACCCGAAUUUCACUGAACGAUGCACUGAUGGUUAGCCCUAAGCUUCAAGACGAUUUGUUUGAUCAUCUGCUAAGAUUCCGAUGCUACCCCAUUGGAAUCACCGGAGACAUUGAAAAGAUGUAUCGUCAGGUGGCUCUUAACAAGGAGGAUAAGGACUUCCACCAAAUUCUCUGGAGAGAUGUGCCCGACCAACCAAUAGAUACAUACAGGAUGACCCGAGUGACAUAUGGAGUUGCUAGCAGUUGCUAUCACUCUGUUCGAUCACUCAUAGAAGCAGGAAAGCAUUCUUGUGUCGAAGAAACAAUCAGUUGA